UUUAUCAUACUUUCCUUUCUUGGGCCAACUGUGGAGCAGGUAGUUGGGAGAUCUAUUUGUCCAAUCCCCAGGAAGGGUAGAUGGGUGAGGGUCUGACCCCAAAUUUCCCCAGGCCAAUCAACAACACCCAUCCCCUUCCCUCCCCUCCUCUCCCCUGUUUUUUAGACCCUCUCUCUCUCUCUCUCUCUCUCUCUCUCUCUCUCUCUGCCCCCUCCCCCCGCCCCCCAACACUCACCACACUCUCUCUCACCACUCUACCCACUACGACCCAGACCAUCUCUCUCUCCCCCUCAACACUCACCACACUCUUCCACCACUCUAUCCUCUACGACCCACACCAUCUCUCUCUCUCUCUCUCAUUAUAUAGUUUCUUUCUUAAAAUUCCAAAAUGGCCCCAAAGAAUGAGGGAUCCUCUAAGAGGGUGUUGAACAAAGGAGCAUGGACAGCAGAGGAGGACUCAAAGCUAGCUCGGUGCAUAGAUACUCAUGGUGCCAAAAAGUGGAAAGCAGUGGCAGCUAAAGCAGGUUUGAACAGGUGUGGGAAGAGUUGCAGGCUGAGAUGGCUCAACUAUCUCAGACCAAACAUCAAGAGAGGCAACAUUUCUGACGAAGAGGAGGACUUGAUACUCAGGCUUCACGGGCUUCUUGGAAACAGGUGGUCACUGAUUGCGGGGAGGCUUCCAGGACGGACGGACAAUGAAAUCAAGAACUACUGGAAUUCUCAUUUGAGCAAGAAAGUGAAUCAAAAGGAGAAAACAGUAGAAACUUCGACGGCACAACAGAGUUCGCCUCCGAAGCCCUUGGGCGCUCCCGAUGUGGACAGAGAAGCCACCAAAGAAAAUGGUAACUCGGACAUGGGUUUAGACGUGAACGAGUUCUUCAAUUUCUCAACCGAGGGGACAUAUGGGUUGGACUGGGUUAACAAGUUUCUUGAACUAGACGAGGACCCAUGGACCAACGAGAGGAGGUGAGGGUGGUGGGGAUUGUAACGAAGAAGCGUCCCUUGUGAAAAAUUUUGUGCCUAUUUGAAUUGUGAAGUAAUGAAUAAAAUGCUCAUUGCUGCAAGAAUUUGAGCAAA